GAAAGCUGAUGUCUCUUCUUAUUAGAGUACCAAUUUCAUCAUGAAGGCUGCACCCUUUUUACCUCAUCUAAACCUAAUCACCUCCCCAAAGGCCCAACAUCCAAAUACUUUGGGGUUAGGGCUUCACAGGGAAGACACAGUUCAGUCCAUAUUCCAAAUAGUAAGUAAUCUUGCCGGCAGGGACACUAUCUUACACUUUUUAAAUCUGCAGGCAGAGAGCUGAUUGAGUUGCACAUGUGCUGCCAUGGAGAUCAGAAUCAGUAUUAGUUAAUUAAAGGUGGUAGUUUUUUAAUCUUUUGCUCAUUGUGAUAUGAAAUUCCAUCACAAUUCCAUAGUAAUCUAUGGAAUUUAUUUCGAAGAGUUAGCCUUUUGUUAGAAUGCUGAGCAACAAUAGCAGCUAACUUCGUGUGUUUAAUUAUUUUCUUUCCUUUUCUAGCAUGUUUUAUAUGUGCUAAAUUUUCUAGGAUACAAAAAAAAUCUGUGAAAUCUCAUCAAAAGAUGUUAUUCUACAAAUUUAUCUAAGCAUGUUUUUGAACACACUGACACCGAAGUUCUACGUGGCCCUGACAGGCACUUCCUCACUAAUAUCAGGGCUUAUUUUGAUAUUUGAAUGGUGGUAUUUUCGCAAGUAUGGGACAUCAUUCAUUGAACAAGUCUCAGUGAGCCACUUGCGCCCCCUUCUGGGAGGGGUUGACAACAACUCCUCCAACAAUUCUAACUCCAGUAAUGGGGACUCAGAUUCCAACAGGCAAAGUGUCUCAGAAUGUAAAGUGUGGCGAAAUCCACUAAAUUUAUUUAGGGGCGCUGAAUAUAAUCGGUAUACAUGGGUGACAGGACGGGAGCCUCUGACUUACUAUGACAUGAAUCUCUCUGCCCAGGACCACCAGACAUUCUUCACUUGUGACUCAGACCAUCUGCGUCCCGCGGAUGCAAUAAUGCAGAAAGCCUGGAGAGAGAGAAACCCCCAAGCUAGGAUUUCUGCAGCUCAUGAAGCCUUAGAGAUAAAUGAAAUUAGGUCCAGAGUUGAAGUUCCCCUAAUUGCUUCCUCUACCAUCUGGGAGAUAAAAUUAUUACCAAAGUGUGCAACUGCUUAUAUUCUCUUGGCGGAAGAGGAAGCAACAACAAUUGCUGAAGCAGAAAAGCUGUUUAAGCAGGCUCUGAAAGCUGGAGAUGGCUGUUACCGGCGUUCUCAGCAGCUACAGCAUCAUGGAUCCCAGUAUGAAGCCCAACAUAGACGAGACACCAACGUCUUGGUCUACAUCAAAAGAAGGCUGGCAAUGUGUGCCAGAAGACUUGGGAGGACCAGGGAAGCAGUGAAAAUGAUGAGAGAUUUAAUGAAGGAGUUCCCCCUCCUGAGCAUGUUCAACAUCCAUGAAAACCUUUUAGAAGCCCUCCUGGAACUACAAGCAUAUGCUGAUGUUCAGGCAGUCUUAGCAAAGUAUGACGAUAUAAGCUUACCAAAGUCAGCAACAAUAUGCUACACAGCUGCCUUGCUCAAAGCAAGAGCUGUCUCUGACAAAUUCUCUCCUGAGGCUGCAUCUCGGCGGGGGCUGAGCACAGCAGAGAUGAAUGCGGUAGAGGCCAUUCAUAGAGCUGUGGAAUUCAAUCCGCAUGUGCCAAAAUAUUUACUAGAAAUGAAAAGCUUGAUCCUGCCCCCAGAACACAUCCUGAAGAGAGGGGACAGUGAAGCAAUUGCAUAUGCGUUCUUUCAUCUGGCACACUGGAAGAGGGUAGAAGGGGCUUUGAAUCUUCUGCACUGUACAUGGGAAGGCACUUUUCGGAUGAUCCCAUAUCCCUUGGAAAAGGGGCAUCUGUUUUAUCCUUACCCCAUCUGUACAGAGACGGCAGACCGUGAGCUGCUCCCGUCUUUCCAUGAAGUCUCAGUUUACCCAAAAAAGGAGCUUCCCUUCUUUAUUCUCUUUACUGCCGGAUUGUGUUCCUUCACAGCCAUGCUGGCCCUCCUGACGCAUCAGUUCCCGGAACUUAUGGGAGUCUUUGCAAAGGCUAUGAUUGACAUUUUCUGCUCGGCAGAGUUCAGGGACUGGAAUUGCAAGAGUAUUUUCAUGCGUGUUGAAGAUGAACUGGAAAUUCCACCGGCACCUCAAUCUCAACAUUUCCAAAACUGAACUCCUCAUGCUCCCCCCACACACACCAAAACUGCUCCUCCUACUGUAUUCCUGAUCUCCGCCAGUGGCACUGACAUCCACACAGUUACUCAAGCCAGAAACUCUGCAGCCCUCCCAGACUCUUCGCUCUCUCACUCCUUACAUCCCAUCUGCCUCGGCUUCCGCAGUCUGUGGAUCUAACCUUCUGAGCCACAAGGCAUUCAGUACAUGUAAUUCACCACUUCUUCCCCCAUGGGUCUCUCUUUUAGUUUAGAUCUUUGUGAUUUCUUGCCUGGACACCUGCAAAGAGUCUCAACUCGUCUCCUUUCUUCCAGUCUUACCCUCUGCCAGUAUUGUAUUAAAACUGACACAAGAAUGAUCUUUCUAAAUUGCAAGUCUGAGCAUGUCACUUCUCUGCUUGAAUUUCUCCAGUAGUUUCCCACCUACUUCAGGUUAAAGUCCCUGCGUGGGAUAUGAGGUCCUUGACGCUCUGGCCCUUGCUUGCCUCUUCAGCCUCAUCUCUCUCCCAUCUCUUGCACAGACACUGCUCUUGGGCCCCAGUGAGUUACUUAUGGUUCCCAGCUGCACCAGGCUCUUGUAUACCUCGGUGCCUUUGCACAUGCUGUUUGCUCUGCAUGAAGUGCCCUUCCCUGUUACCAUCAGCACUUGUCCUGGCUACUAAUGUCUCUUCAUUCUUUUAUAUGCACUUCCUUUCUGAGUUUCUCCUGAGCUGAGUUAGAUGUCUCUCCUCUCUGAUCCACAGUAUUCCAUGCAUACCUAUAUUAUCACAUUGAUUGUACUAUAUUAUAAUUGUUAAAAACUUGUCUGAUUCCCUUUUAGAAUGUGAGCUCCUUGUGAGCAGGAGUGUAUCUUCCUCAUCUCUGUAUCCCCAAAGCUUUGCACAGUGUCUUGCACAUAGUAGGUUUUCAAUAAAUGAUUAUCAAAUAAAUAAA